GUCGUCCGUGCUUUAUACAAGCUCUUUCGUAAAACUUAAAAGGAGAGGUUGUGUAAGGUGGUUUUUUUGCCAAGUAGUUAGGUAAAAGGACGCUGUGUGCAUCUACAUCGUUCAUCCAAAAACCAAAUCCUCCCCACCUCUUUACUCAGACACAGCUGUUAGGUAAGUCCUAAUGAAAUUAAUGAAAUUACUGCAUGACAUAAAAGAUGAGUUUUUGCAUGCAAUAGAAGAUUUUAUGUUUUUACUUAAAAACAGCCAUAUAGCAAACCAUUUGUGCUGAAAAAGGGUUAUUGAAAAUACAAUCUUUAUAACAAAUGGGACCUAUGUCUGUGUCAAAACCAUAGGUGCAUAGGUGUCACAUUUGUUCAUGAAAUGCUUUCUCUUAAAGGGUAAUAUAUGCUUGUGUGCUCUGCAUGACUUAAAAAGACGUGUUUCAAUAAUUCUCUACAAUGUUUUUAAGUAAUAUUUGUCCCCAAAAGUUCUGCAAUCGGUGAAAGCAUGUCUUAGAUUUUUGUGUGGCUUGAUUUCUCCAGUUUCUUUUGAAAAGAAUAAAGAAAUGUCACUGAUUCAUUGUUGGGGUUUCAAAACAAGUAGUAUUGAAAGAGAAAAAGUAGUUCACAUAACACAUAAAAUGUGUCAAAUGUGUAGAUCUCCUAUAGAAACAUAAAAUCCGGUAAUGCAAUAAUCUUUUUCUACUCAAAGACUUUAACAUGUGGUCUGUCAUAAUAACAUACCGACUCACUACACUCAAGAUUGUCAUGCUAUAUUGUAAGACUUGUCUCACACACAUAUAACUGCAUCAUCAGCAUAUUGGGUUGAGAUUUUAGACCCUGUCCUUCUUUGUGCUCCACCAGGUUGCUGUCAUGCAGGUUGCAGGUCUGUUCCUCCUCAUGGUUGGACUCUGGCAACAGUCCAACGCCCAGAACUCUGCUCCCUUGUUUCAGGAUGUAACGCAGACAGUGCUUGCUCCUGACAAUCUGAACAACCCAACACAGCUAAACUAUGGGAUGGCUGUCACAGAUGUGGAUGGUGACGGUGACCUGGAGGUGGUGGUGGCAGGGUGAGUCAAAAAGUACCCCACCCAGAGAGUGAAUAGCAUUUGAUACACUGAGUUGGAGGUCUGUAAUGAGCAGAACUAAUGUAUUUGAUACCCUUCCUCAGGUACAACGGGCCAAACCUUGUGCUCAAGUAUGACCGCACUCAAAACAGACUGGUAAACAUUGCCAUCAAUGACGUCAGUUCUCCCUACUACGCUCUGAGGGACUCAGGAGGAAAGGCUAUUGGAGUUACAGCCUGUGAUGUAGAUGGUGAUGGACGUGAGGAGAUCUACUUCCUCAACACAAAUGGCGCCUUCUCAGGUAAAGGUGGAUUCUUGUGAAGUAUCAUCUUACUUAUGAUAUGAUAUCAGCCCACUAAAUGACUCCAUACUUGAAUUAUGCAGGACAGGCCACUUAUUAUGACAAGCUUUUCAAGUUCCGUAACGGCCGCUUUGAAGAUCUCGUGAGUGACGAACUCAACGUGCGCAGGGGUGUUGCUAAACCCAUGGCAGGACGUUCAGUGGCAUGUGUGGACAGAAAGGUACAUAAAACCACUUAAAAAAAAACAUUUGUCAUUGCUCGACAAUUUCUAACUUUCACAACCUUUACUCCCCAGGGAACAGGCCGUUACUCCAUCUAUGUUGCCAACUACGCCUAUGGCAGUACCGGUGCCCAUGUUCUCUUGGAAAUGGAUGAAUCAGCCAGUGAUGUGACCAGUGGGGUCAUUGCUCUGUCAGAUGUUGCUGCUGAGGCCAGGGUCAACAAAUUGACAGGUCAGGUUAGAAAAAUAAAAUAUGUUAUGUUUUAAAGUUGACCGUCACUCACUGUUUUCCUGUUGUGCAGGUGGGCGUGGUGUGGCAGUCGGACCAAUCCUGAGUGAGUUCAGGUCUGAUGUGUUUUGUGACAAUGAGAACGGACCCAACUUCUUGUUCAAGAAUAAAGGAGAUGGGACCUUUGAGGAUGUGGCUAGACAGUCGGGUGAGUAUGAAAACUGGAGUGUAAGGUGAUGUUUUGGGGAUUUUUUUGCCUGGAUGUUCCUGGAUGAAUCACUUAUAUCCUAACUGUAAGGUUUGCCAUGAAAACUACACUGUGUAAAUGACAAAUUUGGCAAAAACAAUGAAUACUUUACGUGUUCCUUUGUGUUACUGAACCAGUGAUAGGAUACUUACUGUGGUUAUUAUUGCACCUGAUAAACAUCAAUAUACUCGUAUUCCAGCUUUUAACUAAAAUGAUUAAAUCCUGAAAGCACUGCUAUGUACUGACUCAGCCUCGUGUUGCCCCUGUCAUGGUGGGGAAGCUUCCCACCAGGAUACCAGUGUUAGAUAUUUAAUGGAAAAUAGGUGAAAACAUCCAAGACCUAAUUUCAACCAGUUUCCAUCUAACUUACAGAUGGUAAUGACAGAUUAUCAAUUACAUCUUCAGCAUAGUUUUCCAGCUGUAAAGGUAAUUUUGACUGUUUAAAGACAUAAUGUUAUUGGGUUCUACCUUUCUAAUAAAAACAAACCUAUUACACUGUAUGGGCCAUGUAAAGUUGCCAAGAAAAUUCAAACUGAAAGAAAUCAAACAGUAUAGUAUAGUUUAUUUGUAAAUACAUAAAAUAGCGCUUCCCCAAGCCAGAACUGUAUGAAUUGUUCACUGAAAUACCUGUUAGGACUUUACUCUUAUUCUUUCAAUUUUCAUUUCAGGCAUCCACAGAGGACGUCACGUUUAACUUUUAUGUGUAUUGGCUUUUAAUUAUUGCAAUCCACAUUAUUUCCUUUUGGGAUCAAUUAAGUUCUUGUAUCAGUCUUCCUAUCCAGAUUGAACCUGCAACUGAAAUUUAUAAGAAAAAAAAAAACAAUAUCAGUAACCUAUCUUUUUUUUAGUAGUCAAAUGCAUUUUGGAUACUUAGAUUUACAUGAUUGAUUUCUAGAACUUUUUUUUAUUUUGGAUAUCUAUGACCAAAAUAAUGGAAAUUAACACCAUAAAGGUUAAAUCAACUUCACUAAAUAGUCAGUUUUUUGAGACACAUUUUCGAUAGCAAAAUAGUCACUGGGCAUGUCAAGGGUACUGGGAAAUAAGAUGAGUGAUUUGACUGAAAAUUUUCAUUGAUUCCAUUGAGAUUCCACUGCUGUCCACCAGGGUGCUUUUUCAUACUAGGACCUUACAGUGGUUAUGAGUCUUGUUCAGUGCAUCUCUUUGGGCCUUUCUGUAUUAUGAAUGCGUAUUGAUUUUCCUGCUCACAAUUUUUUUUCCCUACAGGGGUGGAUGACCGCGAUCAGCAUGGUAGAGGUUUGGCCCUCACAGACUUUGAUGGUGAUGGAAAGACAGAUAUAGUCUAUGGCAACUGGAAUGGCCCACACAGACUCUACCUGCAGAAGAGUGACUUUAAAUUCAAGGUGAAGAAAGAGUGAUAAAGAAUUUACAGAAAGACGAUGUCAGAAAUCUAUGCGAUUGAAAGAACUGAUAAAGCAACACUUGACUGUCUCUUUUAAUGUGCAGAACAUAGCAGAUAAAGCGUUUGCUGAUCCCUCACCCAUACGUACCGUCAUUGCUGCUGACUUUGACAACGACAAGGAGCUGGAGGUGUUUUUCAACAAUAUUGCUUACAGAAGGGAAUCCCCCAACAGAGUGUUCAGGUUAAUAUUGCAGUUAUUGUGUGAAUCUGAAUCCAAGCAGAAGCAUCAAACCAUGAAAGAAACAAAUGGCUGACACGUGCUGUAAUGCUGUAUACAAAAGUAGCUGUUUUAAGUAACUCUUGUGUUUGUUUUCAGGGUGUCAAGGAGAGCAGGUGCAGACCCUGUGAUCCAGGCGCUCAACGUGGGAGAUGCUGCAGAGCCGCUUGGGCGGGGAACAGGUCAGUUGGGUUUCAACCCAGAAAAGACAACUUAUCAAAAAAAAAACUUAAAUAACUUUCGUUGCCAACCUUCCCACCUCUGUUUGGUUAAGAUUAAAACUGAUGACACUCUCAUUAAGCUCAUUUGGUAGAGCAGGCACCCCAUGCACAGCAGCUACAGCCCUAGUUGUCACACAGACUGAGGAUUAGUUCCAAGUCUUGACAGGAUUUGGUGCCUUUUCCUUUUCUCCUCUCUCUCAACACAUUUCCUGUCUCUCUCAAGUUUUCCUAUCUAAAGCCCCCAAAAAAGUGUUCAAAGCACAGUCCUACAGAACAGUGAAAGCAGUUUUCUCUGCUCUGGAUAGGUGGGACUGCAACAGACUUAGACGGGGACGGACAGCUGGACCUGCUGCUGGCACAUGGGGAGAGUGCAGAGCAGCCAAUCUCUGUCUUUAAGGUCACACAGGUGUGUUUGUGCAGAUGUGCAUGUGUUUUUCAGGGCUGGAAGUCACAUGUUGAUCCUUUACUCGUAACAAAAGAUAAAUACUGUAAUUUACAAACACCUUGUGUGUUUACUAGACCCCAUAUCAAAAUCCUACUAAAGCUUAUUAUAAGUCAAGGAGUAUAAUGGUCCUAAUACAGCAUCAAAGUGCAAGUACUCUGUUAACAUUCAGAUGGUACCUCUUACUCAUACAAAGGAAAGUAUAAAUCUUAAAAUAAGUUAGUGCUUGUAUCAACUACCAUGCAUUUAUGUUUGCACCUCAACCUUAUGUGAACACGAGCAGCGCUGUCCAAGUAAGUUCCCCUCCUGUGAGUGGAGAGCCCUUUAAGAGUCACAAAUUAGUUCAAUGAGCCUGUCAAUGAAAACAAAAGGGGUAAAACUAAAAAUAAACCAUGAUAGUGAGCUAUAGUUUAAAUUUUUGGACCUCUGUCCAGACUUUCUUGAAGCUCAUGUGAGGAAAGUUCAGUUUGUGUGUAUUUGGUGGCCCCUAGAGACGAAGUGAACUUUGCUCAUCAUGUCCUCUACAAACUUAAUUGUUUGUUUUUUUUUAAAGAAAAAAUCUCAUCCUGCUGACUUUUUAUAGCGAAAUGUAUCAUUAAUUGUGACUUUUAAAUGUAGAAAAUAUAUUUUUUAAAAAGCUGGUUACUCAGCCAACUGACUAAAAAAAAAAAAAAAAAAAAAAACCCUCACAGGAGACAAUGAGCCCCAACCAAAAAUCCCAUCAGUGGCUGUAACAAUUAAACUACUGGAUUUAUAUAUAAAAAAUUAUGGUAAUUUAAUUCAAUCUUAUGCAUAUGAUUUACACUUGGCAGUAUCACUUCUUGGACAGUACUAAUCUAAGCUCCAGUAAAAAGUCAAGUAUUUUGUCAAAACUUAAAUUUAAAAAGGAAUGAAAAAUGUCUUACUUUCCUGCACGGUGUUUUUUGUUUGUUUGUUUGUUUUUUAAGAUCUACAACUUAAACUGUUUUAACUCCACCAGGGCUCGACCAACAAAUGGCUACGGGUCAUCCCUCGCACCCAGUUUGGUGCUUUUGCCCGAGGGGCCAAGGUGACAGCCUUCACUAGUCAAAGUGGGGCUCACACACGCAUCAUUGACGGAGGAUCGGGAUACCUGUGUGAGAUGGAGCCUGUUGCCCACUUUGGCUUAGGUAACUUUCUCUUACAUUACAAAGUGAACUGACAUUUACAGAAAAUGGGACACUUUAUCUCAUAUUCCCUCCAAAAAGCUGUUUACAUUUACACCUUUGUAAAACCAGUGAAAAAAAAAACUGAAGUAGAGACAGUUUUAAAGGAGGAAGAAUUGUUAUGGAAGCUGAGUAGUUUUAAUUUAUUAGUUUUAAUUGAUUUGUCCAUAGUCAAAACUGCACUUACCUGAUCCGUGCUCCAGUUCUUAGCAAAGCAAUCAGAUAGCUCCUUCAAAAUAUAAAGUCACGGGUUAUCCUUGUAAAUACUGAAAAUAAUGGAACUUUUUAGGUUUUAUUUUCUGAUUUAUGAGGGUCUUCUGAUAACUUGCAGGAAAUGAUGAGGCAACAGUACUUGAAGUCACCUGGCCUGAUGGCACUGUCUUCACUCGAACCUUGCAGCCUACUGAAAUGAACACAGUGGUGGAAGUGACCUAUCCUAGAGAGGGGGGGACAGUUGUGCUUGCCAAUGACACACAGGUAUGCAACUGGAUAACAUAACCUUUAAACCUUUGUCUUUACUAACACCAAACUCAAUCACUCUACUGUAUCUGUAUAUUUACACAUUUCUUCUUAUUGUUCAGUGUGGCCAAGGUUUUGCUGUCAGGGAUGGCCGCUGUGCAGGUAAGCAAACUCCUUUUAAAUUAAGUUAAUUCUGUUCCUUUGGAUAAGAACUUAAAAAUUCAUACAGAAAAUUUUAAUUUCCCUUUUAAUUUUCAUUAUUGUUCAUUUUUCUACAGGUCUGUGAGGAUUAUCACACAGAAGUAAAAAAAAAAAUUGGCCAGCAAAAUUAUGACAUGGUUUUAAAAUGCUUGUUUUGUCUGUGCUUCAAGCAAAAGCCUUAUUUCUUCUUUACUCUAUGAGUAGUUUUUAAACUUGAGCAUUUUUUAACAUUAUUCUUUGUUAACUUUUACCAUUAAAUCUUUGCUACACUGGGUUAUGGUAAUCUGUUUUCUUUUAUUCCUGCACUACUGCGAACUCCUCAAAUAAACUGCUCUGAAUCAGCAUGGUCGGGCAAACAUUUCUUGGAAACAGGAUAAGAAUGAUAAGUCAUCAGUGCUUUGAGACAUUUCAUUUUCACAGUGUUUUGAAUAUUUCCACUUAAUCUGACAACAGCAGAAAAAAAUGUUCGAGCUGUAUGAAUACCUAAGGUGUAUUGAGCUUUCGCUAAAAACAUGCAUCCAGCUGAAGAUGAAAAUAGUGAGAACAAGGCGUGAAUGCUGCAGCAUGACUAACAAGAGGAUAUUAUGUCCAAGUGUCUUCUGUCCUCAUGUCUCUCAUCUUGCUCCACCAUGCCUCCUGUAUUGUUUCCUCCUUUUGAACCAAGUUGUCUCAAUUUGAUUGUCUGUUUAUGUUUCCUUAAUUCCUCCUUGUUCUCUGUGUUUCUUUCCUUCAAUCGAUGCAGCACUGGCUCCGAUUUUUGAUGGUAUCCGCUCGGCCUCUGUAAGCACCUUUGAAGCCUCCUCAUUUAGAGCAGUUUUACUGCAGUGUGUCAUGGUGCUCUCUGCUCUGGCUGAUUUCAGAGGGCGGUUGUCUUGAGGUUAACAAAGAUGCAGUGAGACAGAUUCUCUUGAGCACUGCAUGCCUGAAUCAAGCUCAAAGACUCCCAGUGACAUGCAGUAACAGGAAGUCUAAUUAGUGGAUGUCCUCAGCUUGGACUUAAGCACUGGUGAGCUGGGUGCAUGCUUUUGUCCCCUGUUGUAUAAAACUGAAAAAACUGUGACCAGUGCCAUGGCUUUGACUGAACUGUAAAGUGCAGGAAUGAAUAUUCUGUCAAGCAUGCAAGCACACAUCAGGACAUUUCUCUGGGCAAUGUGUUUGAAAUCCACAUUUUUUCUAAAUUAUAACUAAUGCAUUUUGUGUUCAGCACAUAGACUGUAUAUACUAUGGACAACUUGGUUCUGCCUCCCGCCUGUAUACGGAUUUGAAGCCAAAAAGCUCUCGGUAUUUCCAGGAUUUUUCUUCAUUUCCUGAAACCAGCGCUGUGCAGUAGCGUUGUGCGCAUUCGGCCCGAGAGUCGCCGUGAUGACGCUCGGCUCAAACAGCAUAAACCCCCUGGGUGAGCUACGCAACACCCAUAGGCUGUAUCAGGUGUCAAUUAAAGAAAACAUAAACCCCUAAUAACUUUUAAAAGCGGCGCUUCAUAGAAAAAAAAAAGGUCUUGAGUACAAACCAGUCUUACUGUAACUACAUGUCAACAUCACGAGCAGGAGGAGAAAAAUGUAUGUUCUGUGUAAUAAAUUUCUAAAGUUGGUCCACAGCUCCAUAAGCUUUGUUGGCGGAGGCGGGAUUUAUGACCUAUACUGCAGCCCAUCAACAGAGGGUGCUGUUCUCGGAAUGGCUUCACCCAGCGAGGAGGCAGACUCUGUCCAUUCUAUAUACAGUCUAUGAUUCAGCAUGUUACAUGUUUGACUCUAUCAUUUUUCUCUACCAAAGCCUUAUUUCACCAAACAUUGACUUGUAGCAAAAGUUAAGCAGUUUACAAUAACACAGAGUGUAUCUUUGUGAAAUCCAUCUGUCAUUUCAUCGUGGGUGCUUGUACUUUUUCAGCGGUGGCUAGAAAAAAAUGUAUCCAUUGAGAAAGAUUCACUGCAAAGAAAAUAAAUCAACCUGUACCUACUUUCCAGUUUAAAUUUUACCAUGUGGUACAUAUGUGUCAUUUCUUCUAUUUUAUCAGCCAUGAUUUUUGUUUGUUUUUGGUUUUCUUUUUUUGUAUUAAGGCAGAUCCAGAUUUUUUGGAUUAGGGUGGCCCAACCAGAGCACUGACUUAUGCAGGGGUGACAUGGAUUCAAAUAAAAACCAUCAAUCUCCCAUUUCCAUUUCAUAUAUCAGCUUUUAUUACAAGCUAAAUGUCUUUUUCUAAUUUGAUUUUAAGCUGCUCAGAUAAUAAACAAAGCAAAUAUAGUCUUCAAUGGUUUCCCCUGAUGGAACAUCAUGCCCACAGUCAUGUUAAUCAAAUUCAACCAGAAAGAUAAAGCUGCAAGAUGACAAACGUGUACGCCAAAUUAAAGAGUCACUGCGAAAAACUUGACACACCAACAAGUAGGAAGCGAAUUGCAGCUGUGCGAAGACAGAAUAAGAGAGGGAAAAGAAUUUAAUAGGAUAGAUGUUUAAAUACCUCUGAAGAGUGAAAGUACAUGUUACCACUUUGAGUCCACCAAAAAUUCUACUUCAUGUUUAUAAAAUACAAAAUAUUUCCCCUUAAUUUCUGAAUACGUCUACUCACAUCACAACCACAUUGAGGAUCUUUGACAUGAGAAUAUGGGGAAGACAAGACCAAGGCCCCUAUCACCAAACUAAACUGUGUCAGCCAACCUUUGAGCGAGCAGCUGAAUGUGGUAAAAGGGCAACACGAUUUUCUGAAGUCAUAUUUCUGUCCAUUUUAGUCAAUAUUUACUCUCCAUUAGCUCUGCUCUUGCUCCCCCUCUCUUCCUGUGGGAUAUCUCUGCUCCUGUAGAUGCUAAAUGACUCAUUGUGCUCGCUAUAGACGAAAGUACAAAAGUAGUCUCACUGGCAUCACCCACUGAUUUCUAAAGAGGCAUUACAAAGCCCACAGAUAGCUGCUGUUUUGAGAGAAAACACUGACUCAGUUUCACUGUCAGCCUUGCUGGAAAGUUGAGGAAAGAAAGCAAUGAGGUACUGAAUCCCCAAUUGUUACAGGUUGUAAAACAUAAACAUGGACUUGAAUUAUGACUAUUGGCUGGUAGAGUCAGCUUCAGGUGAGACUGCAACUUUUUGUACUUCUGUAUUAGCUUCAGAACUUACCAAAAGUGUGUACUGUUCGUCUCUUAAAUGACCCCUCUCAGAGUGUCUGUGCUGCUCUAACAAUGGUGUGUUUCUAUUAAGAGGUUUUAGUGGUGGGUCCUUGCUAUUCGAAAUGUUACAGAUAUGUAGUUAGCUAGUACAUGUAAAUAAAGUGCGCCCAAUUUCUAUAACUAAACAUGCUAACUUCUAUGACAUGUCAAAAUCUUUGCUACGCUUAGAGUCAAAGAAGUCGAAUCAGUGUUUGUUUUGUAAAAAAUAAAAUUUGAUCAAUAAGACUUUGAUGAAACAGUUUUUAUUGAACUCCAGUCAUACACCUCAUGGCCACAUAUAUCAAACAAUAAGCAGUACGAAAGUUUAGUCCUGCGCAAAAUGUCACCAAAAGAAGAGACACAUUCACAUUUCUGAGCCAGUGUCUGGCAGUCAAUGUUCUUUGGAAGUUUGUUGGUAACACAAGGGAGGGUUGGUUCAUUCAAAAUCACUUAAGGUAUGAUUCAGGAAGACUUUUUUAACCCAUUAUUUGUCUACUGCUUUUAAUACACAGUAUACCUUUGCAUAAUCACAAUUUAGUGAAGAGUUGGUCUUGUUUAUUGAAACCAAGACACUUGGAUUUGUGCACGUGUUUGUGCUUGAAUGUCAAACAAAUUAAAUACAGGCUUCAUGUGUGAAAAUGGAGGAUCUGCUACAUUAUACACUGACAGGCUGGAUGACAUUCGUCUGCUACCAGACGGUAUGAUAAACAUCAGCAGGGAGGGAGGAGUGGGUUCUUUACACAGAUGGUGAAGGUCCAGGGAGGUGAGUUUUUCUGAUGCGCUACUUCAAUACUUAUUCAGUCUACUUAUAUUUGCGAAAAGCUAGAUACUUGGAAGAAGCUACAGAUAAAAAAUUAAAGCCAGUGCCUGGUGUGCUGAGCAAGUGGUGAUGAGUCCCGUCCAGUUUCCUGGUUGGUCCAGUUUUGUUGGGGCCAGGCUUGAGACCACAUGGUGCAACUGUGGCGGCUGAGGUAUGAGGUUUGGCAAGGUUUGUGGUCCAUUUUCCUGCCCCAACACUACCCUUCCUCUCUCAAAUCCUUCCAUCCUUUUCUCAUCCACCGGACGACACAAAGCUGUGGAAGCUUGGUAGAGGAGGUGAAGAUACGAUCACACAAAGUCUCACCAAUAAAAGAAAUCUGAACAAAACUGUUUCAGCGUAUUCACAUUGCUUUGCAAGAGACUUCCAAAGUGCUUUUUUUCAGGGGUCACUGUGGAAAAAGCGUGAACAUUUUUAGCGAAUGUUGGCAUCAUGCCUGGCAUUGUUGACAGUUGGUGAAUCCUUUGUGUGAGGGUAGCUUUGGGAUGUGUGAGCCAAGUGUUGAAACAGGAGUUGUAUUAUUGUCCUAAGUUCCUUCAGGGUUGGGAGUGAUCACACGGACAUGGUUGUGAGGAAGAACCCAGUCAUCGAGCAGUGCUGCCAGACACAGAACUGCUUCCUGAGCUGGAGCCACUAGAGCCCCGGUCUUCAUAGAUGGAAAUCUCUAUCUGGUGGAAGAGGAGUUACAGAAAAAGAAUCUGCUGCAGUGUGAUCAUUUCAACAGAAAAGACAGAUGCCAUUGCAUGAGCUUAAACAGCAAAGAAGGAUACAACACGCAUUCCCCUCUCUAUUGGAUCUGUGAUGAGCAACCCUCUGGGGGCGUAGAUCUUCUCAUUCUGUUCUUGGAUGUACUUUGCUAUCUUCUUCAACACCUAAAAUCCAAACAGCAGGAAAAGGACAGAUGAGAUGGAAAUCCAGGCGGGUUAAACACUAUCAAGAUGACCAGUCUCACCUUUUCAUAGCGUGUUUCCAUACAGAGGAAGAUGAGGUAUGCUGUGGCGCAGGCUAGGCAUCCCUCCAGGUAGGACUGGCCUCCUAUCUUCUCUGCCUCUGCGUAGUAGUUAUUUAGUGUCUUCACAGUGUCUUCAAACAGUGUACGCUCAAUCUGACAAAGAAAAGUCAGGAGAAGAAAAGUUAAGAGGGUUGUAAUUUUUUAUUCUGUAACUUUUUCAUAUUUACAGUAAGACUACAAGCCUGAUGUAAACAAGCAUAUAUGACAGCUGGCAUCUGGUACCAUCACCUUGUUUGGCAGUAUUUAGAUCUAGAAAAUGGAGAUAAAUGUUUAUGUUGGCAGUGGUUGGUUGAAGUGCUUGGUGUGUGAUGAGCUCAUAUAGAUGUUUACUUGCAAGGAAGGAAAAAAGAUGGUGGUGCUAGCUCUGCUUACAUGAAGAUGUGUGACCCUGUCUUUAGCCAUGCUAAAUACAUUUAACCUAAUUUUGUUUUGUUUUUUCUCAGCUUUAGAACAGUCAGCUGCACAGAAUUUGUAUUUCUAUGUGAACAACUAUCCUGACUUGUGUGUCCAUAACUUAUCUGUUUGACUCAUUGCUUUGGACUAUUUAUGGAGAGUUAGGGAGUUCAAGUGGGUUAUUUUUGAUCUGGAGGGCAAUGGAUGCUUAAGAAUAGAAUAAUAUGGUAACACUUCACAGUAACCAUAACUUAUAAAUGGUAAAUAGACCAUUUAUAAAUGGUAAGCAGAUAGUUUAUUAAUGUUUAAUCAUCUUUUAUAAAUAGCAUAUAGACCAAUAAUAAAUUGUAAAUUUUACAAUUUUAAAAACCUAAGCCUAACUUCACAAUUACCAUCUAAGUAAUGUUUAUGAUGGUUAAAAAACCAAACAUUAACCAUUUACAAAGUGCUACUGACACAAUUUUAUCUAGAUGUUUUACAACCAAUAUUUAAACCCUAUAUAAACCUUUAAUAAAUAGUCCAUUAAUAAUUAAGGAAAGUUAUUAAUCAUAAUUUCAUCACUUGCUAAUGGUAAAGUAACUGUUCACUUACAUUAAUAAACUAUCUAUUUGCCAUUUAUAAAUUAUGGUUAUUGAAAAGUGUUACCUAUAAUAUCUGUAAACAUUUGUUAAACUGCAGAUCAAUAAUAAAUCUGUUGCUAUAAAUGAAAAACAAACCUAUCUCUCACACACACACACAUCAUAAAGUAUUCUUUUAUAAGAAGUACUCAUGGCUACACAAACAAACGCACAUUUGCAUACACAUAGCACUACAAUACACAGUGGUCUUACCCUGCUCUCCAGCUCAGAGGGGAACUUGGUCUGAAACCUGCAGGUGGUCCCUUCACUGUAGUCUCUCUGGAUGAAGACUUUAUUUGCCAGAGAUGCACUGUGUCUCAACUCCUGCAGGUUGUGGAACUAAGAAGGAUGAAACACACACACACAAAUGUAAAUUUAAUAAAGUGUGUACUUAAUGAUCCCUCAGAGAGAGCUCCAGCUCUCGUUGCACCUGUUCACUCCUAAUGUGUACAAACAUCAGCUGAUUCUGAGUUAUUGGAUGAUGGAGGAGAAGCAAACGAGAUGUGAUCAAUCACUGUGUGGCCCUGUAUCUGCUGCUGCUGCUGUUGGAGCAUGGCCCGGUAUUGGACAUACUAUCUUUCAAACACACACACACACACACACACACACACACACACACACACACACACACACACACACACACACACACACACUUUCAUUCUCAGGUCCUGCUGGGAAGUAAAGCCUGCAGGAGACGGACAACAUUUCACUACAACAGAUCGAUCGGACUGAACAAGACGAACCUGGUGGAUAAAAGCCACACAAAGCUUUUGCGAUCCGGUACUUAGAACUGGACAUGCUGCUUUCAUCACAGAGCAUGUUGGAUAUUUACCAAUUUAGUGUUCUUUUUUUUACUUUUUUCCGCUUCAUUUUAAUGAGAGCGCAGAUGGAGGCGAGAGAAAAUGCAGGGAGGAAGGUCAGGGCUGCUGUCCGUGGUGCUGAUUCCUCUACGUGUGUGGUCGUGUGUGCGCAAGUGUGUGACUAUUUGUAUGUGUGUGUGUGUGGUCAGUGUCCAUACAGCCUGUCACCGGAUUAACAGGGCGUCUCAUCAGACACAGACAACAACAGAUAUGCUUCCACCAAAACAUCGAGCUUUAUUUCACUGAUUUUCCCCAUUUUAGUUUCUAUUAGACGAGGCGGACUUAGAGAUUUGCAAAUUUUUACCUUCAAAAUGUCAGAGCACUCCUACAGGGAGGGGAAACGACCAGCCUCGGACAGAACUGGCAUCUUAAUGUAGAACAGUGCCGUCCGUGGUGAUUUAGGUUUUGUUGAAACCGUGUACAGCCUCAUUGCACUCACUGACCGUGUCCACUGCCCCCGCGCCCGUUUUAUCACCGUGAGAAUGAGAUUAUAUCUCCUAAACUGACGCUUCAGCUGGAAAAUUAAACACAUAACAUGAGAGACUUACCUCUGUCGCCAUGUUGCCAUCCGUAGCCGCAGGGACGAGUCCCUGCAUGCGCUAAAAUCGCUUUAGUGGGACACAGGGACGGAUUGGAGGAGUGGAGGGGGGGAAGGGCGGGGAAGGAGAGGGAGGGGCGAAGAAGACAGAGGGGCGGGGCUUUAGGCGCACAGUGACCACUGCUUCACAUGAAUAUACAUGUAGAUGCUACUUUCUAUACUGACUUCGACUUGUGAGUCUCAGUAAGACACCACACCAAAGUUAGCCAGUAUAGAUUUCAGAGCCAAAACAAAUCAAAUGUGUUUUAGUGGUGUAAAUGUUGGGCAAUAUAUGAGAGGGCACAGACAAACCUUUAACUCUUUCACUAAGCUUUUCGUCAGGCUUAAUCUAAAUGGCCACAUAGGAACUGUAACUGUCAGAUAGCUUUGCUUUAACUCUAUUUAAGCCUGCAUCAACUCUUAAGGAAUGUAUAGUGGGGCAAAGAAGUAUUUGGCAGCCACCAAUUCCGCAAGUUAUCCCACUUAAAAAGAUGAGAGAGGCCUGUAAUGUUCAUCAUAGGCACACUUCAACU